AUGAUUGAACCCAUCUUUGCAAUAAUUCUUUCUUUGAAUUAUAUAAUAAAAGUUGCUGGAAUUCAAGAAAUGAUGUCAACUUCAUUUUAAGGAAGUAAUUUUUCUGAUGCGGAUAGUAAUUAUUAUAUUCAUUCAAUUUUAGAUUGGGUUGUAAGUGGAGCAGUGACAUCAAUCACAGAUUGAGGGGUCUAAAGAAUAUUAGGAGGAUAUAAUUUCUUGGAGCAAGGGCUAGUGUUAGCAAGACUAUUGCACUUCAACCUCAUUUUAAGAUAUAUUUGUAAGUGGCAUUUUGAAGUAAGUUGUAUCAAUAUUAGAGAAU